UUAGCGUAACUUUCACGAGUGCAAUGUGUCGGGUCGGAUUACCCAUAUUCUAAGCAGUCGGGUCAACUUGAGUUGAGUUAUGAAAUACAAUCUCCUAUUUGCAGCACAAUAGUCCACACUCGUCACCUCCUUCCUCCCAACAAUGGCGGUAAAAUUCAUCAAGCUACCAAAAAGGGCUCUCUCACAAACCCCUUUCUUCAACUCCCUCUUCUUUCGUCGCCAUUUUUGCGACAAGGUACGACCUUCCUCACUCGACAACUCCGACCGUGUCACCUCCGCCGCCAAAAACUUCCAUAAAGUUGACCCUUCAAAGGGAAGAUUAUUGACUGGAGCAACAAUUGGCUUAAUUAUAGCUGGAGGAGCUUAUGUUAGUACAGUCGAUGAAGCGACAUUCUGUGGUUGGUUGUUUUCAGCGACAAAACUUGUGAAUCCAUUCUUUGCCUUAUUAGAUCCAGAGGUUGCUCAUAGAUUGGCUGUCUCAGCUGCUGCUCGUGGAUGGGUUCCUAGAGAAAAAAGGCCAGAUCCUUCCAUUCUAGAACUGGAAGUCUGGGGAAGAAAAUUCUCCAAUCCAAUAGGUCUUGCUGCUGGAUUUGAUAAAAAUGCCGAGGCUGUCGAAGGUCUGCUGGGUCUUGGUUAUGGCUUUGUAGAAGUUGGUUCUGUUACUCCUGUUCCACAGGUGGGCAAUCCAAAGCCUCGUAUCUUUAGAUUGCGGGAGGAACGUGCAAUCAUCAAUCACUGUGGGUUUAAUAGUGAGGGUAUACAAGCUGUUGCUAAACGUUUAGGUGCACAGCACGGCAAGAGGAAGUUAGAUGAGAGUUCUAGCACUUCCCCAACUGCUAAUGAUGGGGGGAAACCAGGAGGAAAGGCUGGGCCAGGAAUUCUUGGUGUCAACCUUGGCAAGAAUAAGACAAGUGAAGAUGCUGCUAAUGACUAUGUACAAGGAGUGCACACAUUAUCUCAGUAUGCAGACUACCUGGUGAUCAAUGUUUCAUCACCAAAUACACCUGGACUGCGUCAGCUUCAAGGAAGAAAACAACUUAAGGAUCUCGUUAAAAAGGUUCAAGCUGCUCGUGAUGAAAUGCAAUGGGGGGAUGAAGGUCCACCUCCGUUGCUUGUUAAAAUUGCCCCCGACUUGUCUAAACAGGACCUUGAAGACAUUGCUGCGGUUGCGCUUGCUCUCCAAGUAGAUGGACUGAUUAUAUCAAAUACGACUAUUUCAAGGCCUGACUCCAUCAGCCAGAAUCCUCUAUCUCAGGAAGUCGGUGGUUUAAGUGGGAAGCCUUUGUUUGACUUAUCAACCAGUGUCUUGAAAGAAAUGUAUAACUUAACAAGGGGGAAGAUUCCUUUGAUUGGCUGUGGUGGUGUUGGCAGUGGUGAAGAGGCGUACAAGAAAAUACGUUCUGGAGCUACACUAGUUCAGUUGUACACUGCAUUUGCCUAUGGAGGACCUGCCCUAAUUCCGCGAAUAAAGGCUGAAUUGGCUGAAUGCUUGGAGAGGGAUGGAUACAAGUCGGUCCAUGAAGCUAUUGGUGCUGAUUGCAUUUAAGUUCUUGACAGGCAAAUUGAGUGCCAUGAGCUACCUUAACCUGCUACUUGUGAUUUUCUUAAGAGUUCUCAAGGAGAAGCAAGAAAGUGUAGCAAGUCCACUUUGCUGAGAUUUGGAAGUCAGCUCUCAGACAAGGGAAAAAUUCAUCAAGUGAUUGAUUGAAUACACUGCGUGUAUUAAAUUAUAUUUCUCCCACAUUACAUGGUUUUUAAGCCCUGCUAAAGAAUGUUGGGUUUUCCUUCAACUUUCAUUUUGUUAGGUUUGGGGAGUUUCGCUGCACCCGAGAGCAUAUAAAUGGUUAAUUAGAUAGGGAUGUGAGAAAUUUUUUGAUGGUGACAUGUAAUGGUUAUUAUUACACUGGAACACUUAGGAAUUGUAAAGUUCAGACAUACAUUUGAUUAUUUGAAAGUGCUUAGAGCAUACCAUGGAAGGGUUCGCGAAAGAAUACGAACUGCUUAUCUUUGGUGUAAUAAAGUCUUACAACACAUUGUUUGAAAA